UUCCAUCGCAGAGAGAUCAGAUUCAAGAUUUUGAUUCGCUCGCAUCAAGCUCAUAAGACUCAGAUAGACUUCUGUUGUAGUUUCUUCGACGUCUUCUGCUAGCUUCAAUUCCAUCAUUUGAGUAUCAAGGCACAUUUUUGAAUAAAAAAUUGAAAAGUGAAGGAUUUUUGCUUUUUUUCACUGCCAAACAAGUCAACAAUAGACUGCAAUGAAAUGAGAUUUGUGUCAAAUUUGCCGAAAAAUCCAGUAGAUCAGCAAUUGCCUCAGUAUUUCAAGUGAUCCAUCCAAACAAGCCUCCUCUUGCGUCGAAUCCGUCAGUGGUUACAUUCUUUGCUGCCCGACGUCGACGACGAAAACUAGUACCAAAAGCUCAGCAAGAGCUAUUCGAUAUACAAAUGUUAAUCAACUAUUUCAAAUCAUGCCCACCUACAGAAGAGCUCUUCCUAUACGACCUUCAACAAAAAGCAAUCGUAUUAUUGACAAUCGCAACCAUGUGGUGUCCUCGGUCCGCUAUUGGAACGCUUUUGUUUCAGGACAUUCAUUUUAUACAACCAAACUCAACAGCCUCUCCUCCAACUAGAGUAACGAUCAUGGCAAGGAACCCGAAAGAAUUUGAUCUCAAAGUCUCCAGAUACGGAGCCACAGGCUCUUUAUCUAUACAGGAUGAGAGUGUAGACUACCUAACUAGCUGUUUGUUUAGCAACGCUGGCAACCAAUUCUGUAAUCACUGCUAGAAACCUUGAAACAUCAGAGCCACUUUUGCCUGUUGCCCACCAGUUAUCUAGAGAAAAAAUGUCGCAUGUUUUUAGGCAAAUUAUGUCGCGCUUUCUGAAGAAAAGUAUGUCGCACUCAAAGGGAAAAAACAUGUCGCAUCCGUCCCUGUUCACUUUUACUCGCUUUUCCUAAUAUUUUCAACUGAUAUAACAUGAGCACUUCUACUUUUUUUAUUUUUUGAGGGCGGUCAAGGAAACAUUGUUGAUGAAAAUGGGAACGAUUCCAUGGAAAUUGUUGAAGAGGGAGCUCCUCGUCAAUUAGAGGAUGUAAGCUCGCACACUACCUAUCUGCAAGAACGAGCUAAAAUUGAACAAGCCGAGCAUGAGAAAGCUACUGUAGAGGAAGCUGAGAAGCUCAGAGUUGCCGUAGAACAAGCAAAAGUGACAGAAGAGAAAGUUAAGAGCGAAAAAGCC